CACAAGGGGUGGCUUUGCAUGCGGUGUUGUGAAGUGACUUUAUGAACUGGCAUCUCCAUGCUUCUGCUUCCCUGUGUGGGAGGAGUUCACACAGAUUUGUAUUCCUCAUGCACACGCACAGACAGCAGCAGCAGCAGCGCUUCAGUGUGAGGCAGAGCACAGCGGGGAAACCUCCAUCUACUCUCACUGUCGGCUUGUUUUUAUCACCACUGAGGAAACGCCUCGCUCCCUGACCUUACUGUCUCGGAUUUAUGCUGCGUGGGGAAGAAAUCUGAUCGGGCUCUUCGUAAACAUACAGAGGAGAUAAACGAAGGUCUGCGGUCUGCAGCACAGCAUAUCAUCUGAACAGAAGGAGAACCCAACGCCCUUCCCAGACCGACCAUGCAUACCUGCCUGAGUUAAUGUGCAAUGGAGAUCAAGGAUGCUUUGAUGGGUUUGCAUGGAUGAGUAUGGACCGUUGACACGUUGAGGUGCCUCUCCUGUGCAUGUUUUAUGGAUCGCUUUAUGGGAUCAUAACCUGGUGGUCUUUCCUUCAAUCUCAAAGUCAUCAAGUUUGGAAGCUAAAUAACCAAUGAAUCGGGAGCCUGGAAGCUUCAAGCUGGUUUUCAAAUACUUGUAGAGGCAAGGUUGCUAUGUGAUUUAUUGAUUGUUAUACAUUUAUCAUAAGAUGGGGAACGGUUUCUCCAACAUUGCAGCAUUCCAGUCCCUGCACAUUGUGAUGCUCGGAUUGGAUUCGGCCGGUAAAACCACAGUACUGUAUCGGUUAAAGUUCAACGAAUUCGUCAACACCGUUCCAACCAUUGGCUUCAACACUGAGAAGAUAAAACUCAGCAAUGGCACCGCCAAAGGCAUCAGCUGUCACUUCUGGGACGUCGGCGGGCAGGAGAAGUUAAGACCCUUGUGGAAAUCCUACAGUCGCUGUACGGACGGUAUUAUUUAUGUGGUGGACUCCGUAGAUGUCGACCGACUUGAGGAAGCCAAGACGGAGCUGCAUAAAGUCACCAAAUUCGCGGAGAACCAAGGAUCUCCUCUGCUGGUGAUCGCCAACAAGCAGGACCUCCCUAAAUCCCUGACAGUCACCGAGAUCGAGAAACACCUGGCCCUCCAUGAACUGAGUCCCUCCACCACGUACCACGUCCAACCGGCCUGCGCCAUCAUUGGCGAGGGUCUCCAUGAAGGAAUGGACAAACUAUAUGAGAUGAUCGUCAAACGAAGGAAAUCUCUUAAACAGAAGAAGAAACGAUAGUUACAGAUUAGUAGAGACUUUAAAGGGAUAGUUCAACCAAAAAUGACAACUCUGUCAUCAUUUACUCAUCUCAUGUUGUUUCAAACCUGUAUGACUUACCUUCUUCUGUUUUUGUCCAUACAAUGAAAGCCAAUGGGGUCCAAAACGAACAUUUGGACACCACUGACUUUCACUGCAUGAACAAAAAACAAACAAAAAAAACAGACAUUUUUAAAAAUAUCUCCUUUUUGUGUCUUGUAGAAGAAAGAAUGUUGUACAGGUUUGGGAUGAUGUGAAGGUGAGUAAAUGAUGACAGAAUUGUAAUUUUUGGGUAAACUAAAUGUUGCCAUUAAAGACAUGACGGGUUUUGCCUUGGUGUGCAGGAUUUGGUAACACUUUACAGCAACUUUCAAUAAUAUCAAAAUGCUCAACAGAUCAUUAAUUAAUGUACAUUCACAGUGUCUGAAACAUUCAUAAAUAUUCAUGUUUGAAUCUUGAUCUGUUCAAGGUGAUAGCUUAAAUACAAAGACUAAAUAGAGGAUAGAGUAAUAUUUGCUUUUUUGCAACAUAGCAACUUUGCCAACUUUACCAAUGGCUUGAGUUUGGGGGCGGGGCUCUCUGUUUGUCCAACUGAUGGCAGAUAAAUUUGGGAAACCUGUUGGAAAACAAUCAUUAUUUUUGCGAUUCGAUUUUGGUGCUGCUUGUUGCGCAGAAAUUACACACUUUAAGCAUGUUUCUUAUUGAAGUUAUUAUUGAAAGUUACUAUUAAGUGUUACUGUGGAUAAAAAAAAGUGCUAAAUAAUAUACUUGCAUAUAGAACCAAAAAAAAAACAUAAAUAGAGAAAAAAUUUAGAACUAGUCAAUAAUUUAAAAUGCAUUAAGGUAAGAGGAAAAAAAAUGGGCCGGACCCAUGUUGCUGCUUGAUAUUAACUCCAUAAAUAUCGAUAAUAAUCGCUAGCCUGUGCUUUUAAGAAACCCUAUAAGACAAGUACUUUUGUUAUGAAAUCAUACCUUAAACCGAAUGCCCACAAGCACCUGUAUGUGAAUUUAAAUGAUUAAAAUUAUUAUUUUGUACAUUAUUAUGCUCUUCUUGCAUAAUUAGCAGCGCAUUUAACCAUAAAAUUCCUGCUGCACCAGCGCAGUUUGUUUUCCCUUUUUUUCCUGUCUGUCUUUCUUUUUAAAAUUCAGUGCCCAACAGGCCUCGACCAUGCCCUAUGGAAGCUUGUCUCCACCACAGGAUAACAUAAAUAAUUUUUUUUUUGUUGUUGUUGUUUUUCGCAAUUCUGAAUCUCACAUUUAGGACUUUCUCACAAUUCUGAGAAAAAAGAGCCAGAACUGCGAGAUAGGCUAAACUCAAAAUUAUGAGAAAAAGUCAAUAUUACGAGAUAUAAACUUAAGAGUUCUGAGAAAAAAGUCAAAAUUGUGAGAUGUAAACUCAGAAUUCCGCGAUAUAAACUCGGAAUUCCAAGAAAAGUUUCAGUUUAUUUCUCGCAAUUCUUUUUUUUUUUUUUUUCUCAGAGUCUGAAUUGUGAAAUAAAAAUGUUGCAAAUGACCUUUUUAUUUAUUUUUUUCCCGUGGCUGAACUGGUCUCCCAAAAUAACCAGAUACAUUUGUUUUGCUUAAACGCUACCUUCAACUACAAUCAGAGGUUGUUGUAUUAUGAAACCAUGUAGUGAAAUGAAGACUGUUUAUGCACAUGAUGCCAAAAAUAUUCAAAAUAAAUUA